AUGUCUAAAUCUGCUUCUAUGCCUGCGCCCGCUCAUGCAGCUUUAUCCGCACAAGUGCCGGCGUCGGUACCUGCGCCCACAUCCAUGUCUAUUUCCACGUCGUCGCUUUCGCCAGCCAUUGUGUCAGCAGCAGGUGCCGGAACAGCUGCUACUCCAGUCGCAACUGCCGCGCCACCAGGUUCAGCCUUGAGAGCAGCAUCGAUGGCACCUGUGGAGGGUUCCAUGCUCGCACCGCCACUUUUGUUCUCCGGGGUGCCACUGUCCCCUACGUCGAAAACGACACACACGACACCAGUUGGGGCCAUGCCUCCUAUGGCCACACAACCAGUGUAUGCGCCACGUGCGCCGUCGAUGGACAGGCAGGGUCUGGAGCGUAGCUCGUAUGCAACGCCGUUGGCUCAAAGCCGCCGUCCAAACACUGCGACGGGAGUCGGACACACGAUGCACACAUCGACCAACCCUGGUGCUUUUGGCCAAGGACCUUGCAGCCCCACCAUUGGGAGUCACAGUGCCAGUAGCCCGAUUUUGACCAAUUAUUUUGGGAACGUUGCUAGCAGCGGCGCUGGUAGUGGCAAUUGUACGAACCAGAGUCAACCGCGAAGCCCAAGUGCUCAGCGGAUGCGUCGUCCAGCUACUGCCACAUCGACCUCAAAUUCGUCGAAUGCAGGGUACGCGGUGGGACGAGGCGCAUUCGCAAAUAAGACGCGUGUCGGACAGAUUAGUGCGCCGUACAAUUUGCGACGCACGGAGACAGAGGCCGAUGAUGCUCGAUCGGAAAAGACCACUGCACCGACGGCGACUGGGAGCUCAGUCCAAAGUCUCGAGACGAUCCGGCGGCAUAUUGUCAAGUUCUUAGCGGAAGACGGGUCUUCAAGAAGUGUCGAUGUGAGUCGAUGCACGCAAGCUACGGAUGUGCUGGCGAAAGUGCUGCACAAGUUCGGCCUGCCAAAUGAUGCGGAGUCGACUCAGUAUAUGCGACAUUGGGUCGUGGCCAUGACUGAUGCAAAUGCGCAGCUGAAAGUGCUCUCGGAAAUCGAGCUCAUGGCGGUCUGCUCGCAGCCGCAUAUUUACGAUCCUGUAUGGCAGCACGGACUGUACUUGUUGCGUACGUCGGAUGAGUCGCCCCUACGGCCUGGAUCACUGCGUGAGGUGCCCGUGGAUCCGUUCAGACUCACUGAUGUUCCGUCGACUCGGCGCGCAUCGACUUUUAGCAUUCUGAGCGGCUUGGGCGGCACGGCUGUUCAGCCGGUCGAAGAGGCGACAUCUCCUACACGGUCGUCGGCAUAUGCGCGCGUCAAGGCUGCGACACCAGACUUGGCCGGACCCCUUCCUGCUGUCCGUCGGCGUGUGCGCAACUUUUUUGGGCAGCGCCCCCCAUCAGAACUUAUCAGCUCGCACCUUGCAGACUAUUUCCCUUCUACCGAUAGUCGCGAGCUGCGCCGUUAUGCGGAACAGCCUGAGAAACAGAGUCUGGACGUUCGAAAACCGUCGCCACCGCCUAGACGCCGUCCUCCGACGACGCUGUACCCGAUGAACAAGCUCCCAGAUUCCUGUCAAGACGAUUGUGGAAGCAUGAUGACUGUGGACGAGAUUACGUUGGGCCUGGAGGAGCGGGAAUCUAUGCCUGGAUACAGCCAGCCUUCUAUGACACGGGUUCUGGAGGAGCCGUCGACACAACCGCCAUCUCAACCGCUACCAAAACAGCGCCGGCCAUCACCGUCGCUAAAGUCUCCAUCAUUGCCGCCGUCGUCAUCCCAAGGCUUACCGCCGUCCACGUCCUUUCAACAGUCAUCGCCGCUCCCCACGCCGACAUUCGACCAUGCGCCCACGUCACAGCCGCUUGCACCGCAGCCGAUGACGCCGAUUGAGCGCAAAGAGCCGUCACUCGACGCACAGUCGCAUUCGCGCAUGCGAUGGCAUAAAGGCGCGUUGAUUGGCGCAGGAUCCUUUGGCAAUGUGUUUUUGGGUAUGAAUGCCAGAACGGGUAUUUUGAUGGCAGUAAAGCAGGUGGAACUCCCGCAGUCAGAUGAUGAACGGACAAGACGACGGCGAAUGAUGGUAGAGUCGCUCGAGUCGGAAAUUGAGUUGCUCAAGUCCCUCCGUCACCCGAACAUUGUACAGUACCUGGACUCAAGCUCAGACGGCCAGUAUCUGAAUAUUUUCUUGGAGUAUGUGCCAGGUGGUUCAGUUGUGUCGCUGCUGAGGAAUUAUGGCGCGUUUGAAGAACCCCUCGUACAGAAUUUUGUUCGACAAAUUUUGCUUGGCUUGCAGUUCCUGCACGAUGGCGGCAUUGUUCAUCGCGAUAUCAAAGGAGCCAAUAUCCUUGUGGAUAACAAGGGCGGCGUGAAGAUCAGCGACUUUGGCAUCAGUAAAAAGGUGGAAGGAGGUCUGCUUGGCGCUGGGUCCGGCAAACUUGGACUUCAAGGCAGUGUGUUUUGGAUGGCCCCUGAAGUCGUGAAACAAAACACGUACACAGACAAGGGUGACAUUUGGAGUCUCGGCUGCUGUGUGGUCGAAAUGUUUACAGGUGUGCAUCCAUGGCCGCGGCUUGACCAAAUGCAAGCCCUCUUCCAGAUUGGACAGAACAAGUCGCCGCCGCCGCCUGAGGACAUCUCGCCAGUCGCCUCAGACUUUUUGCACUGUACCUUUGAGUUGGACCACAUGGUGCGGUCGUCAGCAACGACGCUGCUGCAGCAUCGAUUUCUUACGCAGCCUUCUGACGACAUCGAGAGUGAAGUCUCCGACUAA